AAAAAUAAAAAAUGGAUGAACUAGAUGGUAUAUUUUCGAACUUAAAGAAUGAUAGAGGAGCGGAGCCCACCGAAACUCCUACUACUGAGUUAGAUCUGCUUUUAAAAAAAUUGGAAGGUUUUAAAGUUUCUUCACAAAGCUUUACACCUGGAAGCAGUGAAGAUAAAACUAUAAAGCAACAAGUCCAUGAAAAAAAAGAAAGUUCACAGAUUAUUUUACAAGAUGAACCUAAGAAUUCUUUAUCAAAAAAAACAAAUGUUGUGGAGGAGUCAAAAAGCUGUUUCCAGCCGUUAGUAGAUACGGAACUUGAUCUAGCUUUGGGGAGCAUCGAUACAGUUAUAGAAGAGUUGGAUGUUAUUAAAGACAAGGAAAUCGUUGAGAAUACGGCUCCCAUUGAUAAAGAUAUAAGAGACGUCCAAAUAAAAAGUGAUAAAGAACUUAAGCAAACUGUUUGCUUUCGUUGCCAGAAACCUAUUAUAGGCCAGCCUUUUUCCAUUCUUGGAAAAGAUUGGCACGAAACUUGCUUUUGCUGCUACACUUGUAAAAGCCAGCUCAACUCUAAGAAUUUUUUUGACUAUGGAGGGCUGCCGUACUGUCGCUCUGACUACAAUGCUCUGGUCUUUUUUAAGUGUGCGUACUGCGGAGAGUUAAUUGAGAACAUGUGCGUUCAUGCGCUAGGAAGAGUGUGGCAUCCCGACCAUUUUUUCUGUUCGCAAUGUGGAAGAGUAUUUAAGGACGAGAAUUACCGAGAAGUGGACGGUAAAGCGUACUGCGAGGAAGAUUACUUCCGCAUGUUUGCCCCAAAAUGUAAGGGCUGCGGUUUGCCCGUGAUGGACCAGCUUAUUUCCGCCAUGGACUGUGAUUGGCAUGAAGACUGCUUUCGCUGUGCUACAUGCAAUCAGCUCUUUGAAGAAGGCCUUUUCUACGAGCAUGCCGAGAAGCCUUACUGCUAUGAGCACUUCUGCGAAGUGCGAGGAAUGGUUUGUGAGUACUGUGGCAAACCCAUUUCCGACGACUACAUAACAGUUUCCAAUAAAAGACGGUUUCAUAGAGACCACUUUUUAUGCAACUUUUGCCACAAGAGGUUGGACAAAGUGGCUUCGAAAGAAAGAGAAUCGAAAUUUUAUUGCCUCCAAUGCCAUGUGCGUUUGUUUGAGUAAGGCGUGU